AUGUCCCGACACCACGCUUCCGUCCAUGAGCAAGCUGUCAUCGACACUGUCUCUACUCUGACGACUCCGGAAUCAGACACGGUAUAUGCCCCUGGUUUCCCUCAAUUCCCUGAUCUUCCUGCCGAGCUUCGCAUGGUAAUAUGGAUAUAUGCUCUGCAUAAGGAAUCAGCAUGCCGCCUGGUGCCACUCCUUGAUGAAAAUAAAUGUCAAGUCCUUCCACACAAGGGCCUCGUCUCACCAUUUCUGACAGUCAACUCGGAAAGCCGAUGUGAAGCCCUGAAGUUUUAUACCUUGAGUCUCGCCCUCUACGCCGUUCCCAAGCCCAGGCUUGACUUGGCUUGUUUGGAAAGUCCAUGUGACAGCCCUUCCCUCGGCGACCUCCAGUCAUACACUUAUGCAUAUGUCGGAAAUAUCAAGAAGGCGGCACGGGUAUACAUAGGAGCCGCCGCGGUAUUCUUCAAGACAAGCGGCACGCUGUUCCUGAACCCCCAACGGGAUAUUUUCGUUUGUGGGACGAAUGUCCGGAGUUUAUGCAUGCCACAGUCUUGGGAACCUCACACGGGCAAGGCUAAAGAGUGGCCCUCGCCUGAUUUUUCCACAGGUGCGGAUGCCGACAAAAAGAAAAUCGCCCAUUUGGCACUCCACCAACUCUCGGCGCCUGUAUACAUGACAUCUGGUCUGGAACCAACCACACGGCGUUCAUGUGCGCCUCGCGCCUGA